CUCAAUGUGAAUGGUGGCCAAACUGGUGAUGGCCGCGUGCAUGCUUGCCGCCGUGUCCUGCCUUGGCUCUAUGCGUUGUUGGGGGCCAGAGCUAUACUCUGUGCUCUUCCUAGUUUGGGGGCUUGAUCGUCUGGUACGGAAACUUCUGCGGGACAUCAUCACGUCGGAUCAUGGGAGUAUGAUCGUCAGAUAUUCACUCGUGACUGUCACUCGGCCUUGGAUGGCGGAUUGGUGCAGCACAAGCCCCGAAGGAUCGCUAGGUCGAGGACUCGAGGUAUGCCAUGAUCCAUCGAGGACUUUGGCUUUCGUUUCCUUUUUGCAACUGUCCUCCGCGUUUCCGAAGUAGCCCGUCGAG